UAUUAAUGUAUGCUACUAGCGGCUACGAUUUCUAUAAAAAGUAAGCUCCUGUGGGUCAGUACAAUCCGCGGCCGCGCUCCUUAGGAACACCCUUAUUUUUUGACAAUUAUUUGGAACAAAUUAAAUAAUAUUUGAAGGAGAAAAGAAAGGGACAAUCAAAGUAACAUUUUCUUUAUGAUAGAAAAGAAGGGAAAGAAAAAAAAAGAGGAGAGUGAAAAAAAGAAAAAAGGCGAGUUCUUUUAUUAAUAAAAAUUUGAUUAUUAGCAAAUCUUUUAAUAGCGAAACAAAAGAUAUUAUAAUUAUUAUUUUAUAAUAUCCGGGAUAUUAAUAUUUAUUUUAAAACCCUUUUUUUUUCAUUAAUUAUUAAAUCAUGGCAAUAUAUGACAAAACUAUAAAGGCACCAUUUGGUGUAAUUGAUAUGGGUUCAAAUGGUAUACGAUUUGGUAUCGUAACUGAUUUUGCAAGACAUUUGCCUGUGACAUAUGAAGAACGUGCGCCUAUAUCUCUCUUAGAAGUUCAGGGUGAAGAUCAUUACAUUCCUUCUGAAACUAUUGAUGAGGUCAUUACAACCUUUCAGAGAUUCAAGACAAUUUGUAAACAUGAAGGAGUUGAUCCUACUAAUGUCAAAGUCAUCGCCACUGAAGCAACUCGUAUUGCUUCUAAUUCAAAAGAAUUUUUAGACAAAAUACAUUAUGCAACUGGUUGGACAGUGGAUAUAUUAUCUAAAGAACAAGAAGCUAUUAUUUCAUCAAUGGGUAUUAUUGGAUCAUUUUAUCGAGUCAAUGGUUUGACAAUGGACUUGGGCGGUGGCUCAGUCGAGUUAAAUUAUGUAACAUCAAAUGAUCAGUCACCUUUAGUGAAAGAUUCCGAAAGACCUAGAAAACGGUUUAAGGUGUCCUCAAGCCCUGUAUCCCUUCCUUAUGGUGCAAUCAUUAUGAAAAAUCGAUUAGCAAAUUGUACAAACAAUAAUGAAAGAAAUGAACUUUAUAAGGAAAUUGUAGAUCAAGUCAAAAAGGCUAAAAUAACUACUAAUAUUCCAAACAGUUUACAAAGUUAUGAUGGAUAUACAUUGUAUAUGAGUGGAGGCGGUUUCCGAGCAUUAGGUUACUUGUCAAUGGCUGAAACAUAUUCUAAAACAGAGAAAGGAAAAUAUCCUAUUCCUAUUAUUAGUGGCUAUAGUAUAACAGGAGAUGAAUUAAUGGAAUUAGCUAAUAAAUAUAAGGAUCGUGAUCCAGAUGAACUUGUUAAUGAACUUCAAGUAUUUCGUAUAUCAAAACGUCGUGCGAGAAUGAUCCCUGCUAUAUGUUUCCUAGUAUCUGCUAUUAUGAAAGUAAUUGAAAUUAAACAAAUUUAUUUUAGUGAAGGUGGUGUAAGACAAGGUGUCUGUUAUUAUAUGCUGCAACCAUCAGAACAAUUAAAGGAUCCAUUACUAGAAGGUGUAAAAUCAUAUGUAUCACCCUUAUCGCAUGCUCUAUCUCAUGAUGAAUUUGAGGCUAUAAUGUCUUUAUUAAAGAGUGCCAUUCCUCCUCUUUAUCUGACCCCUGAUCAUCCACUUCAACUUCAUCGAUUGAUCCCGGCUGCUGUACAUCUUGCAAACUUAACAACGCAUUAUCCAAAGGAAACUCGUGCCUUUGUUGCCUUUCAUAUACCUCUCGCAAGUGGCCCCCUGGCUAAUGUUCCUGGCCUUUUACAUUCAGAAAGGGCCAUAUUAGCAUUAAUCUUGGCUUAUCGUCAGGGAGGAGAAGUACCAGAUCCGAUAUUUAAGACAAUAGAAAAUAUGAUUGGUAAACAUGGUAUAUCUGUAUGCAAAUACAUUGGCAAAUUAAUGGAGAUUAUCUUUUUAAUUUCUCCACGUUUUCCUGGUUUGGGCGCAUUAGAAAGUGGAAUUAAGUUUCACUUAAAAUCAGUUGAUUCUGACGAUGAAAAUUCAAGUCCUUGUAGUUCCCCAAUUACUCCAUCUGCACAACGCUAUUAUUCUCCAUCUAAACUAGAAAUCAUUUUACCAGAAAAGCUUAGUCCAAUGCUAUCUGCACCCUCUGUUAUUUCUACUAUUGAGAGUAUGGAUAAAAAAAUUCAGCCAAAAAGUUUUGAGUUAGAUGAAGAAGUACAAGGGUUAGAUAUAAGAAGUAAAUUAUUUUCUGUGUCUAUUAUUCGUGAUUAGUGUUCUAGAUUAUAAACAAUAUUACGUUGUAUAUAAUAGAUCUAACUAACAUUUGAUAAAAGCCUACUAUAAUAUAAUAUAAACCUAACUUGAAUAAGU